CGUGUCGCUUUGGUCUUCGUUUGGAUUCUACACUCAGACAAACCGAUUGGAGACUUCGCUUGUUUUUGACUGAGUAUAUUGGACGUGUUUCUCAGUCAUGGGGAAGGUUUUUCGUGUCUUUUUGAUUACUUUAAUUCUUCUGAACGCGACCCAGGCUAAUGGAAAGAACUCCACAAAGACCAAACGCAACAGCACUAGAAUCGCCCGCCCGAGGUUUUUCCAAGGACACGCCGUCCCAGUCAACGUCCCUCCUCCUCCAAACCGAACGACAGACCCCCAAACACACAUCCUACCCCCUGCCGUUGAUGUCGAAGUCAAGUUACAAAGCAACAACACGGCUAACUACCUCCAAGGCCCUCUGAGCAACAGGUUUAUCCCAGCUGUCUACAUCAUAGCCAUCAUUGUCGGCAUUCCCUCCAAUAUCGCCAUCUUGGUCUCGGUUGGAACCAAAGUGAGGUUCAUUUCAUCGGCUAUUUUGUACUGUAGCUUGGCAGCAUCAGACUUGCUGCUGUUAUUCAGCCUGUUACUGAAAGCACAUUAUCAUCUCAACGGAAACCAUUGGAUAUUUGGGGAAACCGCUUGCCGUAUUACAACCGCCUGUUUUUAUGGAAACCUUUACUGCUCCGCUUUCACACUAGCGUGCAUUAGCAUCAAACGCUACAUAGCUGUGGUUCAUCCGUUCCUUUACAAGCGCUUGCCUAAGCGCUCAUUUAGCGCAUGGGGUUGCUUAACCGUCUGGAUUGUAUUUAUUAUCGCACUUUUGCCGGAAAUCCUACUGCAACAAAGCUACCGCAUCACAGAUCUCGGAAUAAUCACAUGCCACGAUGUUCUUCCUAAUAAUUUAGAUUACUACCAUUGGCUAGUCUUUUAUAAUUUAGGCUUAACCUGUAUAGGUUUUUUCCUGCCUCUAGUGGUGACAGUCGCAAGUUACAUCUCAAUUAUCUGGCACCUGAACCGUUCACACCGAGACUGGGCUCUUUAUAUCAGAGCUAGCACGUUUAAUUUUGUUAUUUUCGUUUUGUGCUUCGGCCCGAGCAGCUGCCUUCAUUUCGUGCAUUACGUUCUGCUGUCUGUCAGCUUUACAGAGAGUUUUUACAUUUAUUUUAGCGUGGCCGUGUGUCUGUGUUGCCUGCAUAGUGCUCUAGAUCCCUAUCUGUUCGUGCUCAUGUCCAGGACUGUCGGAACCAAACGGUACUUCCUGACGCGCAAAGGACGCGCACUUAGCAUCUCGGCGUAAGGUCAAGAGGAAAUGUGUGGUCUGGAGCCCGUUUAACUUCCCUAAUCUUUAAAACUGGAUAUUUAAUGUGACCUGUCUGAAAAGAUACUUUUUUUUUUAAACAAAUUAAUACUUUUAUGCAGUAAAAAUGCAUCAAAUUGAUCAAAAAUGACAGUAAAGACAUUCACAUUUUAUAAUAACAGAUUUCCUUUGAAUUUUCUGUUCAUCAAAGAAUCCUGAACAAAAUACUGCACAAAAAUAUAAAGCAGCACAACUGUUUUUAACAUCAAUAAUAAGAAAUAUUUCUUGAGCAGAAAAUCUGCAUAUUAGAAUGAUUUCUGAAAGAUCAUGCGACACUGAUAUUGAAGUGAAGAAAAGAAAAGAAAAAGGUAGUGACUUUUUAUCUCACAAUUUGGACUUUUUUCCCCUUGCAAUUCUGGAUUUCUUAGAAUUCUUUUUAUAGCAGUUCGGAGAAAAAUGCUCAGAAGCGUUAGAUAAAAUUAGAACUGUGAUAAUUCACAAUUCUGAGAAGAAAAGUAAAGAUCCUUGCACACUGAGUUUUUUUUUUUCUUUUGUAUUCAUCAAAAGUUUGUCACGCACCUCUCAGAAUGUUUGCUAUGGAUGUGAAAAACGCAGAAAAUGGAACCGGAUUCGAAUUUUUUUUUAUGACGGACGAAAGUUUUGGAGGCAGUGUGUAAACGUCAUACUUAUUAUUAAACAAGCAAAAGUCUCAUGGCAAUUGGUACAUAUUUUACGGAGUGGCUUUUUUUUUGCUAAAUCGUACUUUACGAGUCCCCCAUUUCGAAUAUACAAGUGAGGUCCUACAAAUUUGUACAAAUUAGUCAUCUUGUAAAAUACGAACAAAUUGGUUUUUACUGCAAAUUACGGACAAGAUUUAUUUUUAAAUGAUGGACGUACAUUUCGGAGGCAGUGUGUAAACGUGAUUUACACAACGUGAGGUUGUAUUUAUUAUGUUAACGUGCGAAAAUCUCAUGGCAAUUCGUACAUACUUUACAAAUUUACUGAUUUGUAUGAAUUUGUACAACCAAGUACAAAUUAUUUUUUUGCUAAUUUUUUUUUGUCAAAAUUUGUCACAAAACACCUCACAAAAUGGUUGCUGAAGAUGCGAAAAAUGCAAAAAAAAUUUAACCCGGUCCAAAUUUUAUUUUUUUUAAGGUUUAUUUAUUUUUAAGCGUGUGAAAAAUCUCAUGGCAAUUCGUAGAUAUUUUACAAGGUGGCUAAUUCGUACGCUUUUUUGCUAAAUCGUACAUAUUUUACGAGUUCCUCAAUUUGUAGGAAUUUGUACAAAUGACCUACCCCUAACCUAAACCUACCCAGCACUGGGGUCUACACAAAUCAUACAAAAUCGUAUGAGUGAGGUCGUACGAAAGUCGUACGAAUUAGUCACUCCCUAAAAUAUUGGAUAAAUUGGUUAAGAUAGCUUUGCAAAUUUCGGACGAGAAUUUCGGACUUUAAGGUCCUUGCACACUGAAUACAAAAUUUUCGUAUUUGUCAAAAUUCGUCACACACAGAACGUCACGGUGGCUCAGAAUUGUCAAAACACCUCUCAAAAUGCUAGCUACAAAUGCGAAAAAUGCAGAAAAUUAAAGCCGAUCCGAUUUUUUUAAUGACGGAUAAACAUUUCGGAGACUGUGUAAACGUGAUUGACACGACGUGAGAUUGUAUUUAAUUUUUAAUGUGUGGAAAACUCAAGGCAAUUCGCAUAUUUUAUGAGGUGGCUAAUUCAUACAAAUUUGUACAACCUCACUUGUACAUUUUUUGCAAAAUCGUACAUAUUUUACGAGUUCGAAAACAAAUCAAACUCGUAGUGAGGUCGAAUUAGCCACAUCCUAAAAUACGUACAAAUUGGUCUUGAAAUAGCGUUGCAAAUUUCGGACGAGAAUUUUGCGUUUUUUCGUAUUUGUAAAAAUUCGUCACGCACAGAAUUCAGCAAUGGCAAUUUGAACAUAUUUUGCAAGGUGGAUAAUUCGUACAAAUUCGUACAACCUCACUUGUACGAUUUUUGCUGAAUCGUGUAUAUUUUACGAGUUCCCCAAUUCGUAUGAAUUUGUACGAAUGACCUACUCCAUAGCCAUCUUGUAAAAUACGUACGAAUUGGUUGUGAGAUAGCGUUGCAAAUUUCUGACCAGAAUUUUGGACUCAGUGUGCAAAGACCUUAAAGGUCAAUUUUCGUAUGUGUUUUUUCGUAUUUUUCAAAAUUCGUCAUGCACAGAACAUCACUGUGGCUCAAAACACUGAAAAUUAAAAAUUGAUCCCUAUUAGUUUUCUGAGGCAGUGUGAACGUGAUUGACACAACGUGAGGUCGUAUUGUGUGAAAAUCUAUUUGUGGGAAUUUGUACAUAUUUUCCGAGGUGGUUAAUUCAUACAGUCGUACAUAUUUUACGACUUUUCCACUUCGUAAGAAUUUGUACGAAUGACAUAACCCUAACCCCGCCCCUAAACCUACCGGUAAUUGGAGUCAAAUGGUAUGAAUUCGUACAAAUUAGCGACUUUGUAAAAUAUGUACGAAUUGGUUGUGAGAUAGUGUUGCAAAUUUCGGACAAGAAUUUCAUACUGAGCAUUACAUUUUCUGAGCAUUACAAAAUUCGUCAUGCACAGAAUGUCACGGGGGCUCAGAAAUGUCAAAACACCUCUCAAAAUGCUUGCUAUAGAUGCGAAAAAAGCAUGAAAUUGAACCAGAUUUUUUUAAUGAUGGACGAAAGUUUCAGAGGCAGUGCGUACACGUGAUUGCCACAAUGUGAGGUCAUAUUUAUUUUUUAACAUGCGAAAAUUUCGGACUGUGCAAGGACCUUAAGAAUUACGAAACAUAAACUCACAGUGUAUAUUUCAAAAUUGUGAGAUAAAAAAUAAAAAUAAUAAAAAUUUAUUUUUAAAUGUGCAAUUCUGACUUUUUCCCUCAGAAUAACGAGAAUAAAAAUUGAGUUGUAGGAUAAAAAGUUGCAAUUACCUUUUAAAUUUUACUGAAACUGGAGUAAAGGCUGCAGGCAAUACAGAUUUGCAUCACAUGAAUAAAUCUGAUAAAUUAUAUUUGAUAAUAUAUUCAAACAGAAAACAACUAUUUAAAUUGUAAUAUUUCACAUACUGCAUUUUUGAUCAAUUCCAUGCAUUAAGUAUAUUAAGCAAAUAGUCAAUUGAGCUUUCAUGUUGAUACUGUUCUAAAAAGAAGUAAUCUAGAAUGUUUUUUGGUUUCGGUCUUGUUUCUGAACUGGCUUGUUCUAGAUUUAAAGUUUUUAAUAUGUGAAGUGCCACGAGAAAAACUAAUAGUUGGUUGUUCCAGCCAGAGUUGGCUGGGCAGAAGCAGCACCUUUUAUUCUGAAUACAAAUGGAGAGUCGUUUGAAUGGCCCUGAAAGAAAAGCAUGUAAUAUACUGCCUGGACUGUGUUCAGAGUCUGUGUGUUUUGAAUGUUACAUAAAGCCUUGUUGACCAAGGCAAAGUUUGUCUGUAUAUGUUAUCCUUAUUUGUAUAGAGAAUCUAAAUGCUUUAUUGUAAUGCCUAUAUUUAAACUCAUGUGAUUUCAAAGCACAGCAUUAAUAUAGUCAUUAAAACAAAUGAAACAAAA